GUUGAGGAAGCAGGAACCGGGCGGAUCCGAGUUGCCAGUGCCGGGACGGAACAUGCUGCCGUGUCCCCCGCCUCCUGGCCGAGUAAAGGUCGCCGCGCAGUGGCAGGCAGUUGUGUGAACGCUGCGAUGUGGUCGGACGGAGAGAUUCAACACAAGGGCGAGAAACGAAAUCUCGCCGCCAGCUGGCACUGGAAGCUGAUGGCCGGCCUCUUCCUCAGCCUGUUGGUCGUUGCUUACUUCGGACUGGUGGGGUACUUCGCUGGUUACAGAAGCUUCCUUUCGGACAAGUGCUAUCGAUCAGAGGACGGACCUUUCAGCCCAGGUGGAGACCUGCUUGACUAUUUGCUUCACAGUGGCAUUAUUGACAGGAAGGAUGGUCUGCUGGUUACCUGGUCCCAUGGUGCAAACAGCAAGCACCAGAUGGAAGAAGCCCUGAAAGGUAAUGCCAUGGUCCUGGAAGCUGAUGUCAACAUUGAAGGUUUGAACACUCAAAACGAGACUGGUAUUCCUAUCAUGGCUCAUCCGCCUGAUAUCUACAGUGACAACACCCUUCAUGAGUGGCUGGAUGCUGUUUUCAAAUCCAAGAGAGGUAUGAAGCUGGAUUUCAAAAGCAUUGAUGCAGUAGACCCUUCCUUGGACCUCCUGCUGAAGAAAUCGAAUGAAAUCUGCAUCAACAGACCAAUUUGGUUAAACGCUGACAUUCUGAUUGGCCCAAACGUUCCAGGAUUCAUUAAGCCUGUCGAUCCUUCCAGGUUUCUGAGUCUUAUUCAGCAGAAGUUCCCAAAUGUCAUCCUCUCCCCAGGCUGGAUGACGCUUCACCUACCGCUGGUCGCAGCCAAACCCUACACCCGAAGGAUGGUGGAAGAGAUGUACAACUUGGUCAAGGAUUUACCACAACGUGUCACAUUUCCUGUCAGAGCUGUGCUCUUGAAGCAAGCCUGGCCACAUUUUAGUUGGCUGCUCAGCCAAUCACCAAGGUACAGCCUCACUCUCUGGCAGGGAUCUAUUGAUUUAAUCACUGUAGAAGAUCUCUUAGUCGUCAGAGACAACAGCAACGUUGAACAAAUCUAUUACGACAUUUAUGAACCAGUUUUGUCAGAAUUCAAAAAAAUUGCAUUGCAGACAAGUAGAAGCCGAAGGUUUUACCCUGGCGGGGAACUACUGGACUAUUUUCCCCAUCAAGAUAUUGGAGAAUUGCAGGUCCAUUGGUUUGACAUUGGAGCCACACUUUUGGACUUGUCAGAACUUCUUCAAGGGAACGCUGGAGGAAUGCUCGUCCUGAAUGUGAAGAGUAAAAUCGGUAACAUUCUGUUGGUGGAAAGUUCCAAACCUGGAUCAGAUUUCCUUUUGGAAGAGGUUCUAUAUCAGGUCUUACGUUCAUCAAACCAGUGGGGCGUUCACCUAAAGAUAAAAUCCACUCAGGCACUAGCUCCAACUCUGUAUCUGCUUUAUGAUCUUUACACACAACACCUUCUCCACAUACCCGUCUGGAUCAGCAUGGAUGUCUCUUACGGCAGCUUCAGCACACCCGGGUAUAUUGAAGGAAGCCAAUUCAUCAAUACCAUCAAUAAAAUAUUUCCUUUUGUAACUAUAGCUCCAAGCUGGCCAGCUGAAGCACUUAACCAUGGUUACACAGAAUCCUUGGUGGAAGACAUGCUGAGUCUUUGUCAGGGGUUGUGGCAAAUGUUGUCCUUCCAGCUCCAGGCUAUUCCGUUGUCUAAAUCAUGGCAGGCGACCUUCAAACUGCUGCAGGCUUCCCCCAGCUACACUCUGACAGUGGAACACCUACAUACACAGGGCACAUAUGUGGAUGCGUUUCGAGGACUGAUCAACAUGCGAAUGCACAGCAGCCGUCGGGUUUACUACCGUUUACCUCCAGAUUAUAGAAAUAAUUUUGAGAUUGAUAUUUUUACUUCAUAAAUCUGAUCCCCAACUCUCUGUAUUCAUAGUCACGUAUUCCUGCUACUUGGCAAGCAAAUCAAUUACAAGUUCCAAAUCAAUAAAUUCUUGAAUGGAACCACUGAGCUGGAUGGUUAGAACCCAGCACAGAUGUGAGCUGCACUCUUCUUAACUUUUGUUUCUCAUUACUUUAAUAUACAUCAGUAUUCAAGCUUUUGAUACAAAAGUUAAUUUUCUGGACAUUGAUUGUAAAAGCCUGAUGAAUAGUCUGCUAGGUUUAAAGGAUGAUGUACAUUUUAAUGAUUUAUCCAGACAGAUUUACUUACUCAUCUAGUUGUAAUCCCAUUAGACAAAUUGUUCUACCCUGCAGACCUCGGUUGCUUGCUCAUACUGCCCAUGUCAAGAGUCAGGAUUGUUUAAUGUCAUGUCCAGUACGCACGUGCAGAGCAGACAAAAUCAUUGUUACUGUGGAUCCAAUGCAGCACAAAAAGAACACAUGCAUUAAUAAAAAAAAACAAUAAAUAUAAAUACAUAA